CUCGUCCUGCGACAAUUACAUGAUUGACUGCAUAUGCUGGUGAGGCCCUCCCCUUAUGCGUUCCAGAAUCACGGAUAUGGCCUCCUAAGACACGAAGCCAAGCCAACAGGAGUAGCUGGAGUGGCAUGGAAGAGCGCUUUCACAGCUAGGGACAUCAUCAUGUCAAAGUGAGAGGAAGAAGCCUACAUUGAUUCUAAUAUUGCCACUGCCAGGUCAGGUUCAGCAGCCUGUCAGGGAGACUGCAGGCAAUGCUGCAUAACUAUCUUCUUAUCUGAAUCCAGGGCGCCCUUGGAUGCUCGCAGGCAAUUGGAAACUGAAAACAGUGACUGUGACGCUGUGCUUGAGCAUUUGGGUUUCUGAUCAUUGGGAGACUGAGAACAGGACCUGAAAGUGGAAAGAAGAUAAAGCACUGCCUGCGCAUCUCUCGCGCUUGCAGCAGAAGCAAAAUCAAGCUUCAUCACAGAGCUGACGUGAAGUUGCAUAAGAAAUAGUCUCUAGAGGGCGGCAGAGACUUUGUGCCAAAACUUGCCUUCUCCACUGACCGCACUUAAAUUCAUCGAGCAUCUAACCCCAACAGACUCACAAAAAGGUGGUACAACUAUCUAUACCACUUUUGGCAAGUUGCUUCGAUGGAGCCUGGGAGUGCGGGCUUGGAACAGCAGGAAGAUGACUAUGACAGUGCCGCUUACUUGGCUGAAGAUGUGAAGAACCUUCCAGAAAGGCCAGUUCCUGCUGUCCAACGAAACUUCACGCAGUACUUUGCACUAGAUGUAAAUGGUAUCCAAGGGCAUGAUCAAUAUAUCUACAGGCAUCCAAACGGUCUAUGCAUCGUCGGGCUCGCACCGUCCCACCCUGCUUUGCAGCCGGGCCGGAAUAUUCAAAGAGUUGACUUCAACUUGAAGAAGGACGGGAAAGGCCAUGAAGACAUGAAAGGGAAGCUAAAACGGAAUGCUCAGCCUCUUCAAGCAAACUCGCAUCUCUGCAAGGUGGUGAUGGACGAUGGCAUGGUGUUCAACGUCCGGUACGGCUUGCAAGGGGUUCUGCUAGAAAAAAACUCUAGGUUGGCGGAAGAUUCCAAGCUCUUGCAAGAUAAGGCCGCAACGGAGGGGUUUCUCGCCAUCCUUAUGCCACGGCCGGAGGCAUGGGUACAGACGGAAAAGAAUCUUCUCAGCCUAGAACAGUAUCUUCUUCAAAAAGGAAGCGUGGUGCCGAGCGGGUGAUUCGGUAGCCUAGUACAGCCGCAUGGCCCUAGCUCCUGCAGGAGCAUAUCCUCGCUUGCCAAGAGGCCCUCCAGACUGCACGUCUCGAUUCGUAAAAGCUAGCCAGAAUGCCCUCCAAAUCACAGGUCGUGGUUUUGCUUGAGAACUUGUAUCAGGCUUGAUGCACAAUGAGCAUCGCUUUAACCCAUCUAAGUUGAGGUCAUUUUGCAUAAGGCCCCGCUAAUGGUGCCAGUAUUGCUGUCGGUCAAUAUAAUGCUUUUCAAUGAAAAAUGAACGGAUCUAGCAUGUAUCACAGAAUUUCUAGCGGACGUUAGGCAGGAUGUCUCGUGUUGCCGUGCUUC